UAUAUUUGCAUGUCUUGUUAUAAAGUCUUAAAAAUUAUACAUCAGCAUAUAAAAUAAAAUAAAAAAUAAAACGUGCUGAUAUUUAAACAAGCUUCGUGAGGGGAUUUGGCUUUCUGGAGCAAAACGAACAUUUCCAACACGAUUAAUCUUUACUAACAAAUGGCGGGAAGUACUAUGUUUUCACUGCACACCAGAGAACCGCUGAACCCGAGGUUUGGAGAGGUGUCUUUAGACAUUUUAACCGAUAUUCUGUCCAACCUCAACAACAGAAACAAAUCCAACUUGGAGAGCGUGUCAGAUUUCUGUGGAUGUCUGAAAGAAAGGAGGAUAGUGGAGUGUGUGUUUCAUCUCUGUGAGGAGCUGGGACUGAAUCCUGCGGUUGGAUACCAGGCAAUCGAAAUACUGGAGAGGUUUAUGGCCAAAUAUAUUGAACAUCUAAUCCGCAGCCAGAAAGGUCAAGUAGGAUCAUCUGAGGACACAGGAAAAUUUGAGGAGCUCAUCUUCCAAACACUCAAGAAGAAGUUCUUUCUCUCCAUCCUCUCAAGCGUUCAGAUAGCCAGCAAACUGGACCUGUACUCCAACGUUGUUAACAAUGACAUUGCCAUGAGAUUUCUGCAGGCAGUUGGUUACCCUUGCUCCAAAGAGCAGCUCUUGGACUCUGAGAUUCUCGUUUUAAAAACUCUCAACUUUAAUUUAAAUGUCCCAAAUCCUUUAACAUACGUGGAGACCCUUUUGGAAGUGCUGGGCCAUAAUGAUGCAAGUGUCCCUGUUGCUCAACUACAUCACCUGUGUGUGCGUGUACUGCAGUUCAUUUACCUGCAGAGGGAGACAAUCUACAACUCAUUGCUCAAAUCUGCCACUGGAUGCUCCAGUCCUUCCCAUGAACAAAGAGCCAAGUUUGUGUCGGUGACCGAGGACUUCAUGCUUCUGGGAGUGGGAGUCAUUGCUGUGGCCGCCUUCAUUCAUCAUAUCUCAACAUGGGAAAAGGUAGUGGAGGAGCUGACAGGAAUAACAGGGAUUUCAGGCCAGAGUAUCAUGGACUUUGCGUAUGUCACCCUGAUGCACAUCACCAAGACCAAAUCCGUCUGAUGCUUUUAUGUGUUGAAGUCAGAAAUAUGACAUGUGAAGAACAGAUUACAGCUAGAGUACAGAUAUAAGACAUAUAUAAGGUGAUAACAUUGUAAAUAUAAGGUCCAUAUAAGAUUUCGCUCAAAAUUAUCUUGUAAACGUACAAUGUAAAGAUAAAACAUGAAAAUGAAAGAGGAACUUGCCAUUCACAUUUCAUUAUGCAAUGAUUUCUUCCCAUCGCACUUCUUCACAAU